CUAAACUUUUCUUUCCAUAUUUUCACAUGACUGACUUAUUUGUUUCUGUUUUAUCUCUUUUUUUCCAGGCCCUGACAGCCAGUUCACCUUGGCAGCGUCGUUUAUGUUUCGCAUUGCCAUUUUCCAUGCGAUCGAUUCUAAUAUUUUUCCGUACCAUGGGUUUGGUAGGUGGGAAUCCGGUGGCAAUGUCACACGUUUACCUGCAGGAUGUUGUGUCGAUUUUUGGCGGUGCCAUUGGUGCAAUGCGUAUUCCUGAAAAAUGGCUUCCCGGUUUGGUUGAUUUCUAUUUGAAUUCCCAUAACAUAAUGCAUGUUCUAGUUGUUGUGGCUGUAUAUUCCAUGCAUAUGGCUACCAUUAAAGAUUUCGAAUGGAUGUCGAACACAAAUUGUGCGGCCUUUACCAAUGCAUCCAGUAAAGUAUUGGAAUCAACAUUAAACACCAAUAUAGAGCUAUGACCAUUUGAUUUCAAUACUUUGUUGAAUUAUUAUAAUCGUUUUAUGUUUUUAUUAAGUUUUAAUAGU